UGCGGCGCCCUCAAAGGACGGCGGUCCUACGACAACAGCACCCUCUGUCUGUUUGUGCCGUAAACUUUUAACGCGACAACGGCAAACUUCCUCAAACAAACUUAUCGGACUUUUUUAAUUUAAAAAAAAAAAUCUCUUCUUCGCUGCAGCCUGAAGCUAACGCUCUGGCUUGUUGAAAGUAUGUAACGAGCUAAUCAAUUGACUCAGAUAUCCCUACUAAACCAUCACUACUAAUACCACCAACUAACAUAUUAUGCGUCGUGAUAAGAGCUUCAGACAGCAUCAAACAAUAAUGUGCUAAAAAAAAAAGACACAGCGGAAUGCUCGGCUUUAAGAUGCCGGGCACAUAAUGUACCCAAUGGUGCAGCGACAGCAAGAUGUUCAACACGAUCAGCAACGACUUACCAACAGAAAUCGUAGCCCGAACAUACACGAGCAACAGCCAACAGUUUCGAUAAUAUCCCGAGGUCGAUUUCAGCCACACGAAGUCUUAGAGCCGAUCCAGGGCUGUUCCGAACCUGGAGAGCCAGAGAGUGCGGACGAGGAGGAGGAACCGAGAAGACCUAAGCGGCCUUUGCAUAGGAGGUUCUUCACUUACGUUAGAGAAGCUUGGACUGGUGUUAAAUCAGCUUUAGAUUCUGAAUUAGAAGACCUCGAAACUCCACCCAGAUACCGGCCUGGCAGUAUAGAAUCGCUCAGUAGGGCGACUAGGUUUACACAAGACGAAAUCAAAAAGAUCUACAGGGGGUUUAAAGCGGAGUGUCCGACAGGAGUAGUGCGAGAGGAUACAUUCAAAAUGAUUUAUGCGCAAUUUUUUCCCCAAGGAGCCAACUGUAACCAAUAUGCUCAUUACGUGUUUAACACGUUAGACCAAGACCAUAGUGGACUUAUUAGUUUUGAGGAUUUUGUUCAGAACUUAUCGAUUUUAUCUCGAGGGUCCUUGGAGGAAAAACUUCGAUGGGCCUUUUCCCUGUACGACAUCAACGGUGACGGGUACAUAACGAGAGAAGAAAUGACAGAUAUAGUUAGUUCAGUAUACGAUCUUAUGGGAAAAUUAGCUGAGCCUUGUAUAGACGACGAUACUGUGAAAGAAAAGGUUGAUAGAAUAUUCCAGAAAAUGGACAAAAACCAGGACGGCGUAGUGACGCUGGACGAAUUUCUUGAAUGCUGUAAAACCGACAAGGACAUUUCCGCUUCCAUGGCUGUUUUCGAUUCGUCCAUGUGACAUUCGGUUGGAGUUCGCGAGAACCAAACAGAAUAGGAGAUAUAAACAAUUUUUUAGAUUAUUUUUCAAUUUAACGUGAAUACAUUUUAAAGAUUUCAGCAACUAGAAUAAUAAUUUACAAAGAAAAACUAUUUUACAAAAAUAUUUAGUUAAUAUACAGGGUGUUUAAAUGGACUAAAAGAUUUUCUUUGUAAAAUUAUUCGUACUGUAUUAUCUUCAAAAUCGUAUCAACAAAAUUAUACUCUAAAUUACAACAGUAUGUUUUUAGAUUUUAGAUAUGACCAAUUAUAUAAAUCUACUUCUUUGAAAAAAAAAAAAAACGUUUCAAAUUCAAAUUUAGCUGUAGAUGUUUGUUCAAGAUACUUUUACCUUUCAAAACUUACAAAUUCUGAAAUGGGCUUAAUUUAAGAUUAAUUUUUUACAGUUUUCAUAGUUUCGUUUAUAAUGUAAGUGUUAAAUUCGAUUUCUCUACAGCAAAUACAAAAAUAUUAAAUUAUUUUUGCUUAUCAAAUAUUACAACUUUAGGCCACAAAAGCAGGAUGGAGCGUAUUUGAACGAGAGAGGAUCAAUAUGAAAAACAAUAAAAACUCAAUAGACCAGAAUUUAAUCAAACUUUAAUAGUGUGUAUUAACAGCUUUAAUGGAAAUCAAUAGAGUUUCAGUUUUAAUACUGGUGUAGGAUAAAUAACAGCAACAUACAGGGAAGAAUUAUUACAAUAAUUUCGAAGUUCAAUAAUAAAAACUUUGUGCUUUAUUAUUUAUGGAAAUUGGAAAAAUUAUAUUGGUUUAUACAGCGUUGAAACUUUUAGUUCUUGGGAAAAAGAGGCAGAAAAUAACAAACUGUAAACCAUUAAUCAAACUCCUUUUUGAAAGCGCUCAUUCAUUAUCUGAACUAAUCAAAGGAGAAAUGCAGCAGCUGUUUUAGAAAACAUUUAUUUUCUUUUUCACUGUUAUUUACUUAUGUUGAAAUUUAUUUUGACUCUAGGCAAAAGGCAAAGGUAGGUAGAUAAUAAUUCUGACAUAUUGUUCUAUUGAAAAUAAGAUAUCUUCACGGUGUUUUGAGUAUUAUCUAAUUUCCCUGUAUAGUGCUUUUCUACAUGUAACAUAAUUUUUUAAACAUAAAAUUGAAUAAAUAUCGAUGUUAAUCAAUUGUAAAAAGUUUAUUAUAAAUAUUUUGUUAAAAACGAAUUAGAAAAUUUAUAGGUGUAUGUAUGUUAGAAUUUUUAUAUUUUUUCUGUUGUGCUGUCUUUGUAUAUGAACAUUAUAAAAUUUAAUGUUUAAAAUAAAGAGCUAAAAACAUUGAAAAGAAAAUAUGUAACAUCUUUUAUAUUUACAUAUCCACAAUUUAGGUGAGAAGGAAACAAACAAAACAAUUUUUGACUGAACUUUUUAUUGACAUAAAGAGUACACUUUGGUUUAACAAAUACAACAACAAAAAUGAUACAAUAUCUUACGAAUAAAACAAAUAAAAUCGCAACAGGAUUUUUAUUAAAUGCGAUAAUUAUUUCAAAUAUUUAAUUUUACUUGAAAACAUUCAGAGAAAUUCAGACUAAGACAAAAAACUGUUUAUUUAUAAUGCUGUUAAGAUACAUACAUUUUUUACUACAAUAGAUGGCAGUGUUUGUAAUUUUUCAAAAAAUUCACUAAAUAAACAUCAAAUUAAUUUCUCAAAAAUCAUUCAUUAACAUACCUACUUAAUAAUAAUUACUAAUUAAAAAAUUAUCUUUCUCUCUUUACCCCCCAAUUCCUGUUAAAUGGUUGAUGUUACCCUCCCUCAAAAAAAAAAGUAGCUAUUACAAAAACAAAAUCACCUACAUCAAGUUUGUAAUUAAAAAAUAUGACAGAAGAUGAUGGAAUAAUUGCGCUAGUAGGUAUUGUGUAAAUAUUAAAAAAAAAAGAAAUGGACUAAAAUAGAUUUUAUGUAUAUCACACAACAAUAUUUGUUUAUAGUACAAUACUUAUUAUAAUAAAAUUAUUAUAUAAUUUUGAAAAAAGAGUUUUAUUUUGCCUAAAAAAACAUGUUUAGAGCCAAAUUAUGGACUGACUGGUGAACGUCUGGUUGUUACCUAGCUAGUGAUGUGAGUGGUGUGGGAAAUUUCCGAGAAUAUUCGCUGAUAAAAAAUGGAAACGGAAGAAUUUUAAAAAAAUGCGAGAUUAUUGCGAAUACAAGUUCUCAGUGACGUCAUUUCAAUUUAUGUGGAUGACGUAGCCCCUUGAGAUUAGUUGUAUUCCUUUCAAAAAAAUAGUUAGACUAACUGUCUUUAUGGAAACGCUGAUACGAUUUACCCGAUCAACAGCUGAUGUACCUACAGUUUGUCUUUUUUUUAAAUAAUAUUCAUAGAAGAAAGAUAAAAAAAUAAGGAGCUGAGAGAUUGGGUUAAUCGGAUUUUUUCCUUCAAAGCCUUAUUCAACCGUCCAUAAAAGUGGUUAUACUACAUAGUUUAAUUUUUAACUGAUCUUACAGAAAAAAAUAGGUGUUUUUUUUUUGGUUUAUAGUCUAUAAUCAGUACACUACAAUAAUAGGUAAAUAAAGCUUACUAAGAUUUGUCUGAUUUAGCUAUAAAUUAAAAAAAAAAAAGAAUAUUUCCAUAAAUUCCCAAAAGUUUCCAAUAUUUCCGGAAAGUUUCCAAGAAUGUUCGCGGCUUUUGAAUGUUUCGGGAAUUUUACAUCAUUAUACCCAGCAGGUACUUUCUAUGCCCUAGAGAAUACAAAGUACCUGCUAGAUAACAACCAGACACUUACCAGUUGGUCCAUAAUUUGGCCCUUAGAAUUAUUAUUUCUAAUUCAAUUCAACAGACAAACUAAACUAAAUAUCACUGUAAUUACACAAGUCACUUUUUUUGUAGAAAAAAAUAUGGUGUCUAAAAUACCAGAUGUUUAGAAAUCAGGAUUAGUUUGUGCUGGAGCUUGCUUCAUCUACAACUUCUCCUUUUGAUUGUUUUUCUAUAGUUUCUGCAGUAUAUU